AUGGGAAAGUCCCUGGAAGACGACUUUUCUUUCGAGCACUUCACGGGUAUAAAGACAGCGCGUGACGAUGAGAGGCCAUACAAACGCGUUGCGAUAGAGCACAGCAAAAUUUGGGAUGCACGUAGAUACCAGUCCCGUUCCACUUAUUAUGAGAUUCGCACCGGCGCCUUUUCGGGGCUUUUUCAUCCAGAUCAGAUCAUCAGCGGAAAAGAGGAUGCAGCAAAUAAUUACGCAAGAGGACAUUAUACUAUUGGCAAGGAAUUAAUAGAUACUGUACUUGAACGGAUCAGAAAACAGACAGAAAACUGCAUGGGACUCCAAGGUUUUCUCGUUUUCCAUUCAUUUGGUGGCGGUACUGGUAGCGGAUUUAGCUCUCUACUUAUGGAACGAUUGAGUGUUGAGUACGGAAAGAAAAGCAAGCUUGAAUUCAGUAUUUAUCCGGCCCCACAAGUAAGCACUGCAGUCGUGGAGCCGUACAACUCUAUCCUGACCACUCACUGCACCUUGGAGCACUCAGAUUGCUCUUUUAUGGUCGAUAACGAAGCUAUUUACGACAUCUGCAGAAGAAAUCUCAAUGUUGAGCGUCCAUCAUACGUCAACCUCAAUCGCCUCAUUGCACAAAUCGUUUCUUCGAUAACUGCAUCGCUUCGUUUCGACGGUGCACUGAAUGUGGACCUAACCGAAUUUCAGACCAACCUUGUGCCCUACCCACGGAUCCAUUUUCCCCUUGCCACUUACGCUCCAGUGAUAUCCGCAGAAAAAGCCUAUCAUGAGCCACUGUCUGUGCAAGACAUCACAAAUAUGUGUUUCGAGCCAUGCAAUCAAAUGGUAAAGUGCGAUCCACGAACUGGAAAGUACAUGGCAGUCUGUCUUCUCUAUCGUGGUGAUGUAGUCCCGAAAGACGUCAAUGCCGCAAUCGCCUCCGUGAAGACCAGAAGAGGAAUCCAAUUCGUCGACUGGUGCCCAACAGGCUUCAAAGUUGGAAUAAACUAUCAGCCGCCAACAGCUGUUGAAGGAGGAGAUCUUGCUAAGGUAAGCGAGAAUUUCUAA